GAUAAAAAACUACUGGAAUAAGUUUUCCGAAAGCAUAAAAUAUUUGUCCAAUUUACAAGUGCCUAGGUUAGUUUUGGGUGAAUCUCCACAAUGUAUUGAACUACAUUCGUUUAGCGACGCUUCAAAACUCGCGUACGGAGCAUGCAUUUAUAUGCGGUGCAUAAAUAUGAACGGUGACGUCACCGUCAGAUUGCUGUGUGCAAAGUCGAAAGUGGCGCCAUUAAAACCCACUACAAUACCGCGCCUCGAACUCUGUGCAGCCUUACUCGCCGCUAAACUAACACGAGCAGUACUCGAUUCACUUCGGCGUAAACCCGCUAAACUGGUGCACUGGUGUGACUCAUCUGUGGUAUUGUGCUGGAUGCGCUGCGACGCCAGUAAGCUAAAGGUGUAUGUAGCUAACCGCGUCACAGAAAUAAGGGAGUUAACGUCGUCUUCAGCGUGGCGAUAUGUUCCAACGCAGUCUAACCCGGCUGACUUAAUUUCAAGGGGUGUGGACGCAAAACCAUUUACAUCAAUGGCACUGUGGUGGACGGGGCCUAGCUUUCUACUCCUAAAUGAGUCCGAAUGGCCUAAGUUAAACGCCAAUGAGCCAGACAUUCUACCGGAAUUGAAGGUACACUCGGCAAUAAUUAGUGAAUCAAUAAUUGAUUUUGAUAAAUAUUCAAGUUUCACAAAGUUACAGCGAGUAUUCGCUUAUAUACGUAGAUUUUUAUUUAAUCUUAAAAAUAAAGAUAAGAAACGCUUAGGUGUGUUGUCCGUUAAAGAGUUGCGUGAGUCAUUCUAUUCAUUAUGCGUUAUCGCUCAGGUUCAGUUAUUUACUAAUGAGUACGACUUGUUAUUGAAAGACAAGCCUUUAAAUAAUAAUAGUAAGUUACUAUCGUUGUCACCUUUUUUAGAUGAAUGCAAACUUAUUCGGGUUGGUGGUCGACUCGAUGCGUCGGCGCAGUCGUUUGAAAAGAAGCACCCCAUUUUACUUCACGCAUCUCAUAGAUUAACUAAGUUAUACUUUAAAAGGGAACACCUAAAUCACAUGCAUGCGGGACCACAGUUAUUGUUGGCUGUUGUGCGUGAAACAGUGUGGCCUAUUAAUGGUAGGAACCUUGCAAGGCGCACCGUUAACAAUUGCGCACGAUGCAGGCGGCUACGCGGCAUAACGUUGCAACCCAAGAUGGGUAAUCUGCCAUCUCAACGCAUCACGCCUGAUUAUCCUUUUUUAUCCGUUGGCCUAGACUUUGCUGGACCUUUUUAUAUUGUAAAUCGUAAGGGACGCGGUAGUCGCGUAAUUAAAUGUUAUUUGUGUCUUUUUGUAUGUUUACGGUACAAGUGUAUUCACCUGGAAGCUGUCAGCGAUUUGUCAAAGGAUGCAUUCAUAAUGGCACUUCGACGGUUUAUUGGUCGUCGGGGCAAACCAGCUGAAAUAUUCAGCGAUAACGGAGCCAACUUUGUGGCCGCCGCGAAAGAAAUAGGAUCAUUCUUAGCGGAAAUCCAGGAGCCUUUGUAUCAUUUUGCAAGUCAGCAGUCAAUUAAAUUUAAAUUCAUCCCGGCUUACACUCCUCAUUUCGGUGGCAUAUGGGAAGCCGGUGUCAAAUCGGCGAAGUAUUUUAUAAGACGCGUUAUAGGCGACAGUCACUUCACAUUUGAAGAGAUUUCAACUUUGUUUGCACAAGUGGAGGCUAUUCUCAACAGCCGCCCCUUGUGUCCUCUCUUUUCCAAUCCUAAUGACCUCCUCCCUCUCUCGCCAGGGCACUUCAUUAUUGGAAGACCGUUGACUGCUCUGCCAACACCAACACUGGAGGAUGUCAAGGAAAGCCAGCUACGACGCUAUGAACGGCUGGAAAGGACGCACCGUCAUUUUUGGAAGAGAUGGCAGCGGGAGUAUCUGUCUGAAUUGCAGCAGAGGACUAAAUGGAAGGCGAGCUCAUCAAAGCUCGAUAUCGGAGACAUGGUACUCUUGGCUGACGACAACGCAUCGCCACUUGCCUGGAGACUCGGCCGAGUUACACGACUCAUAUCCGGCCCUGAUGGAAUUUCCCGAGUAGCAGACAUUCUCACCAACAGGGGCAACGUGCGGCGCUCGCUAGUACGGCUCUGCAGGCUACCCACCGCGGAGGAACUAAAGGGUUAUUGAAAGCAAGCUUUCAUUGGCCGGGAGUAUGUUCAGGCGCAGA